GUGUGUAUUGUACGUAGGUAGAUGGUAGGUUAGUUAUACGAACGUAAGAGAAUUUACAAGCAGUUUCAACGGGAACGACGAGAUUGUCAUCGAGGUGAUUUCGAAUUUUCGUCCAGAUGAAACGAUCAAACAAUCGCGGGUAUAUUUGGCCUUUGAACAAUUCUCACUGAAACGAGAUUUUACGCUCUCGUAAUUAAAGUUUAAACGAACGUUAUUAGUGGCGAUUAAUGUAACAUAUACGCGUACAUGUGUGCACGUCACAAUGGACUUUGAUCGGAGGUUAUGCAGUUGCGUCGCGUCGAAUACCGACAGAAGUUCAGAAAUAUUACAGUACGCGACCGAGAGUCAACUUUGCAACAACUCGAGCGCUCGCCUUCUGUUUACAUUUCAUCUCUGUGAAAGACACACUCGUCCAUCCAACGAUUCAGAUUCGUACGAUUCGGCAAUGGAUCAUUUGCUCGUUGUGUCGUCGAUUCUGCUCGUACUUUUGGCAGCGUACCAUCUUUUCAAAGCAAGGCGGAACCCUUUCGAGGCGCACGGGCUACCGUACAAAAGCUCGGUUCCUCUACUAGGUAGCACGUGGGAGUGGAUAUUGGGUCGGAAAUGUUUGGCGACGGUGGUGCAAGAGAUCUACAAUAUGGCGCCGGACGCGAAAUACGUUGGACUGUACAACAGAAUGACAGCCGCCUUGAUGAUACGAGAUCAACGGUUGAUCAAGUCGAUCGCCAUCACGAAUUUCCACCACUUUCGCAAUCAUCGAAACUUCACCGACCAACAGGUAGACCCGAUCUUCAGCAGGAAUCUGCUGCUGCUCCGCGACGACCGCUGGAAGGAAGUCAGGUCGUCGUUCACACCGGUCUUCAGCUCCAGCAAGAUGAGGUCCAUGUUUCGUCUGAUGUCCGAGACCGGCGUGAACGUGGCGAGAUACUUGUCAACUCUGCCGGCAAACGAGAACGUGGUGGAGAUGAAGGACAUCUUCACCAGGUACGCCAACGACGUGUUCGCGACGUGCGCCUUUGGGAUCGCGAUCGACUCGCUGGCUGAUCGGGACAAUCGAUUCUACAAGUUAGGCAGGGAAGUCCUGGACAUUCACAGCGUAGGGAUUCUCAAGCUCGUCGUAUUGAAGUUGUUCCCAGCGUUGGCCAAAAAGUUCGGCAUAACUUUGUUGAACGGCGAGACGACGGGUUUCUUCAAGAACCUGGUGUCCGAGGCUAUUCGAACGAGAGAGGAGAAAGGCAUCGUCAGGCCCGACUUCAUUCAGUUGAUGACGGAGAGUAAGAAGAGCAGAGAUCUGAGCGUCGACGACAUCACCGCUCAGGCGUUUUCCUUCUUUUUCGGGGGCUUCGAGACCACGUCCGGCCUGUUGUGCUUCGCUGUCCACGAGGUGGCCGCGAAUCCGGAGAUUCAGCGGAGGCUUCACGCGGAGAUCGACGCCGCUCUGGCCGAUUGCAGCAACACCGAGGUGACCUUCGAAAGAUUGGACAACCUCGAGUAUCUCGACGCCGUGAUCAACGAGACGCUGCGAAUGUAUCCAGUCAUACCGUUUACCGACCGAGAGUGCUCGAUACCGUUCGAGUUGCCGCCAGUUUUGCCAGGCGCCGAACCAUACGUGAUGGAGCGAGGCUCUCACGUGUGGUUGCCGAUCUACGCGAUCCAACGCGAUCCGAGGUACUUCGAGAAACCCGACUGCUUCGAGCCGGAUCGAUUUUUGAAGAAAGCAAGCAAUCUGGUCAACAGCGGAGCGUACUUGCCAUUCGGCAUCGGGCCGAGGAACUGUAUCGGUAAAAGGUUCACGCUGAUCGAGACCAAAGUCGCGCUGUUUCACAUUCUUGCUCGCUGUCGACUUCAGGUUUCUUCCAAGACGACCCUGCCCAUGGAACUGAAGACCAGGGGCGUGUUUCUCACCGCGAAAAAUGGAUUCUGGUUGCGUGUCAGCUGCGUGAUUCGUCGAGGCCAGGUCAGUAACUGGUUACGUUACCGCAAGUGUACGCCACCGUGCGCGAACAAACGUUCGAAAGUAGAAUUCGAGCACGGCGAUAUAGCGUUUACCUGCUGGAAGAACGAAAUAACAAUGUUUAGCAAUUUGGAAAUGGGUUGGUGGCCGAUAAUCGCGGCCGUGUUGGCCAUGCUAGCGGCGAUUUACUACCGAGCCACUCGCAACCUCAACUUCUUCGAGAAACGUGGGAUCCCGUACGCCAAGCCGAUGAUAUUAUUAGGAAGCAUGUGGGAGGUGUUCCUUCAACGAUUGUCGCUCGCCGAGGUGGCAGAAAAAUUGUACAAUAUGUAUCCCGAGUCAAAGUACGUCGGUUUCUUCGAGUUCGAUACGCCCAUACUCAUGAUUCGAGACCUCGACUUGAUCAAGUCCAUCACCGUGAAGAAUUUCGACCACUUUCCAAACCAUAGAACAGCUUUCGAUCCAGAUCUGGAGCCGUUCCUCGCGAAGAACAUAUUAUCCCUGCGCGACGAAAGAUGGAGGGAAGUACGAAACAUGUUGUCACCGACCUUCACGUCCAGCAAGAUGAAGUCCAUGUUCGUGUUGAUGCGCGACUGUGCCAAAGAGUACGGCGAUUAUUUCGCUUCCUUGUCCGCCGAUCAGUCGAGAGAGUUCGAGCUGAAGGACGCGUUCACCAGGUACACCAACGACGUGAUCGCCACUUGCGCGUUCGGCAUUGACGUCAACUCGAUGAAGAAUCCGAACAACACGUUCUACGUGUACGGCAGGGAGGCAACCAGCUUUGGAAGAUUGCAAAUCCUCAGGUUUUUCGCAGCGAGAAAGUUUCCGUGGUUGUUCCGAUUGCUCGGUAUCAAGGUAUUCAAUCAGAGGAUCGUCGACUUCUUCAAGGAGUUGGUAGCCAGCACGGUAAAGACCCGGGACGAGAACGGCAUCAUUCGUCCGGACAUGAUGCAACUGAUGAUGGAGACCAGAGGGAAAUUAGGCCCAGGUAAAGAGUUGUCCAUCGACGACAUGAUCGCCCAGGCGUUCAUCUUCUUCUUCGGUGGAUUCGAGAGCAGUUCCACUCUCAUGUGCUUUGCCGCUUACGAGAUCGGCAUUAACGACCAGGUACAGAAAAGAUUGCAAGACGAGAUCGACCAGGUUCUGGCGGAUUGCAACGGCCAGGUCACGUACGAGGCCAUCAACGGCAUGAAGUACCUGGAGGCUGUUAUCCUCGAGAGUGUUCGAAUGUACCCGUCGGUGAUCGGUAGCGACAGAGUCUGCGUGAAACCGUUCGAACUGCCUCCACGUGUGCCAGGAGCGAAACCGUACGUCGUGCAACGAGACGAUUGCGUGUGGAUACCGAUCUAUGGCAUUCAACACGAUCCGCAAUACUACCCGGAGCCGAAGAAGUUCAAUCCCGACAGAUUCUACGACGAUCCGAAACAGAUGGCCAACUCUCCGUCGUUCCUCUCGUUUGGAGUGGGUCCCAGGAUGUGCAUCGGCAACAGAAACGAAAGUGUUGCUCUUCUACAUUUUCGCCAAGUGCGACCUCGCACCGUGCGCCAAGUCCUGUAUACCGUUGAAACUGAACACGAAAAGCUUCGCCAUGAUACCGGAGGACGGCUUGUGGCUGAAAAUCCAACCGAGAAAUGCAAAGAAAACGAUGCCGGAGUAGAUUGCUAUCCCAAGAACGAUCAUGCUCAUCGAGAAGACUCCCGACAAUUAAGUUAUAAUACGUUGCACCGCGUAUCCGUGCAAUAUCCGUUGCUGCAAGUUUCGUCGAAACCGAAUCUAUGA